AUGCGAUAUGGAGCUUUCUUAUUCGGUAACGCCGUUAUGGAUCGUUCAACGUUGCUGCCGCAGCAGGUCGCAUCGAGGCCGCGAACGGUCUUCGCAUAUGUCCCCCUGACGCUGACCUUGGGAUUAUUCACGUUCCUUUUCUUCUCGCGGGCUUACGACUCUCGCGACGCCGGUUCGUCGCUGGACGGUUGGAACGAGGAUGGGUUGAGCUGCGGGUUUCUGCCGAAGCUCUUCUCGCUCGUGUCCAAUGAGAGCCUCGCGUUGCACCUUUGGGAGCUCACCGCCAAGCCGCACAUCGCGGGCACCCCCGAAAACUUUGAGACUGCCCGUUACGUCAAGGAGAAAUUCGAGUCGUACGGCCUGCGAGCGCACUACGCGGACUAUCCCGUGCUGCUCUCCUACCCGCUGCGCCAAUCUCUCCGCCUCGUGCGCCCCGUCGCGCGCAACUUCUCGCUGCGCGAGCAGCCCGUCGACGGCGACCCGUUUAGCGCCUCGCGCGCCGCCACUGAUCCUUUUAACGCGUAUUCUGGUAGCGGAAGUGUGGGCGGAAAGGGGGCGGGAGAGGCGGAGGCGGAGGGGGAAGGAGCGGGGGAGGCGGAAGGAGCGGCGGUUGUGUAUGCGAAUUAUGGGCGCGAGGAGGACUUCGAGGCGCUGGUGGCGGCGAUUGGGGAGGAGCAGGUGAAAGGCACAGUGGCGCUGAUUCGUUAUGGGAAGACUUUUAGAGGGGAUAAGGUUCGGAAUGCGGAGAGGUUCGGCGUGGCAGCGGUGCUGCUGUAUUCCGAUCCAGCGGACUAUGCUCCAGAGGGCACUGACGAAGCGCAUGUUUACCCCCAGGAGCAAUGGCUGCCCGCCACUGGCGCCCAGAGAGGCACCAUCUACACAGGCAAGGGCGACCCUGCCACGCCGGGUUGGCCUUCCCAUCCUGGCGGUGAGAGGUUAAGCGAUGAAGAAACAGCCAAACGGCUUCCGCACAUCCCGGUGCUGCCGGUGGGGUACAGCGUGGCCGGGGGCAUCAUGGCGCACAUGGGGGGAAGUACAGUGCCGGAGGAGUGGCGGGGCAGCAUGGAUGGCGUGCAGUAUGUGUUCGGGCCGGGGCCUGCUGCUGUUGACGUGGAGGUGCAGAUGAACGCCACAGUGACCACCAUCCGCAACGUCAUUGGCGUGCUGCCAGGCUCCCACCAGCCCGACAGGUACAUUAUCCUGGGCAACCAUCGCGACGCAUGGGUGUUUGGUGCUGCAGAUCCCAACAGCGGUACCACCUGCCUGCUCGAGGUGGCGCGUGCGUUUGGCCACAUGGCAGUGCAUGGUUGGUCGCCUCGCCGCUCGCUUGUGUUUGCCAGCUGGGAUGCUGAGGAGUACGGAUGCCUAGGAUCAACCGAAUGGGCGGAGGACAAUGCGCCAGUGCUAGCGACAGCAGCCAUGGCAUACAUCAACGUGGACGUGGCGGUGGGGGGAGGGGGCUUCCAUGCCUCCGCCACCCCGCAGCUUGAUAACCUCGUCCGUGACGUCAGCAGCCAGUUGGGGCGGCUGGGAGGGGGAGGCAGUGACUUUGCAGCGUUCCUGCAGCACCUUGGGAUUGCCGCAGCAGACACCCACUUUUCAGGAUCCUACCCCAUGUAUCACAGCGUGUAUGACAACUACCAUUGGAUGGCCACCUUUGCCGAUCCACUCUUCAAGCGCCACGUGGCAAUCGCCAAGAUGAUGGCUGGCGUGGCUGCCAGGCUGGCAGGCGACCACCGCCUGCCGUUCAACUACUCCGCAUACGCCGUCCACCUGGAGCAUGACGUGGCAAGGCUGCAGGCUGACGUGGCAGCACAAGGCGCCCCGUCAUCUCUCUCCAUGGAGCCUCUCUUUGCGUCGGUUUCUCGCCUCCAAGCGGCUGCUCAAGGCAUUGAAGCAGAGAUUCAGUACAUCACAGCGUCCAGCAGCAGCGCGUGCAGGUGCACGAGGGGAAGGGGAUGCCCCAUGGAGGAAGGCAGCGCCAACUGCCCAUCGUCCAAGGCGUUUGACGCGGUGAACGAGCGGCUCUUUCUGGCGGAGAGGGGGUUCCUGGAUGGGCAUGGCAUCGGGCCUCACUACACGUGGUUCAAGCACCUGGUGUACGGCCCUGAGAAGGACAACGACUACGCCACGUCACCGUUCCCCGGGAUCCGCGACGCCAUUGCUGACGUCAUCAAAAGCAGCGCCUCCAAAAAGGAAAAUCCCACGGCUGAGGCAGAUGGUGCUAUGGAGGGGAGUGACAAUAACGAGGAUGGGGAGGAGUGGAGGGCGGUGCAGCAUGAGAUCUUCCGGGCGGCACGGGCGAUUGAGAGGGCGGCGAAGAUCCUCGAGGGGCAGCUGCUGUGA